CGCGAUGCAUCCAGUUCAGGUCUAUCCAUUUCAUCGCGGUAGUGGUCGGCUGUUGACUUUUCUUCGUCCAUGUCUUCAUCAAUCGUAUUCGAGAAUGCGUCCUCGCGCACGGCCCAAGGUCGUGCAGGUGUCCUAUGGAAGCCGGGGUCGCGCGUUUUCUACAACGCCGACGCCGUUUGCUACUCAUCGUGACACACCCCCAUCUUCACUCCUUUCACAGACGCUUGAUCAGCGCCAGCAAGCCGCUCGCGAUGCUCAGACGGAUACGGCAGGACCUUUCAUGCUUGGAACGAUUCAACGCACUGGACCGAAGCAAAAGAAGUGGGGUGAGCUGUCGACGAAGGGAAAGGCGAUUCGUUCAACGCAGAACACAACAAACUUUACGGUCAUAGCUCUCGGUGCAGGGUUUACCGCCAUGCUCGCUUAUGCUUUACUUUCCGAACUCUUCGCGCGAAACUCUCCCACCGUAAAAUUCAACGAAGCUAGCAAACUCAUCAAGGAGUCUGAAGCAGCUCGUGUACAUCUCCCAGGAAAGCUCAUAUUCCAUAACAAUCCUCCGUCAGCGCACCGACCGAAGCAUCGCAACCGACGCGUCUCUUCGAGACUAAUGCAGGAUUCGGCUGGGCGUGAACAUCUAUUGCUUAAUUUCUAUGUCCAUGCAGAGCCGCUAUCUGAAAGCGGGGAAGGGUACAUUGCACGAACAUUGGAAGCUUUAAAGAGUUUUGGUGAAGAAACAUGGACAUGGGAAGAGAUGCGUGACUGGGCUAAUGAGAAGGCACGCAGUACCCGAGAUAGUGCCCGUAGAUUAUUCCUCUACCUCUCAGGCGAAUCGGAUUCUGGGUCAUCCGGACCAUCGUAUCCUUUCAGUUCAGGAACGGAUGGUUCAUCCUUACCGGCAGCACCGACUACACGACGGGAAACGCACAUUGGACGGAAUACCGAAGAAGGUGGUGGUUUGUGGUCGAGCAUUGCAGGGAUGUUCUCAGGCAUUGUAAAGAGCACCGACGCCUCAAGUAGUAGUGGUGAAUCUGGAGCGCGGAAACGCGAGGAAAUCUUCGAAGAGGGAGAAAUACAUUGCGACUUGGUAAAGGAUGAAGAUGGAAACUACGUCUGGCGAUACAUUAUUGUGGACAUGCCGAACUCUCGGGCACGAUACCCGAAACGCGUCUUUGUGAAACGAGCUCCAGGCGUUCGCGACUACGAAGGGGUUUUACGAUGGUACUGACACACUACAGCAUUUUCUCGAAUUAAAUCUUUUUCCUCGCCGCCACUAGCAUCUUUACUUAUCCAAUUCCAUCUCGUCCUACCCUAGGCCUCUUGUGUAAACUUUGGACCUCACACUGCUAUUCAUGAUCUGAACCUCUCCAGGCCCGGCAACAACUCAACCCCCUCAAUGGCGUCCUCGUACAGCUGCAACUAAUUGUUUGCGUUGCUCGCGUUUCGAUUGUCUAGCCAUGUACUUGUACCAUACUUAGGUGACGCGUUUUUUUACUUGAGCAUGUCGGGACA